CAACCAAUCGGUGACGAAUAGUAACUCCGCGUGACGUUUGGAGAGACUUUACAGGAAGGUGUGGAAUGGUAACAAUGUCAAAACGUGUUCAUCUACUGUGGAAAAGACAAUCAAGUAAGAUGUAGCAUCUUAGAAAAAUCAGAAGAUGCUGCUUCCAUAUAUUGGUGCAGUCUUGGCAUUAUGGCUGCUGCUGGCUGUCACUGGACUUCAUGGGUCCUGCAUCCAUGACCAGAUCCAGCCAGAUACAGUCCCAGUAUCCACUUUACAGUAUAGGUCCAGCAGCCACAGACAUGAUGACAAAUAUUCUAGUCAAACAGAACACAGUUUGGAUAACUCGAAAAAUAAGAUAAAUUAUAAAUACAGAAGGAAACGUGUGGUUGAAGCGUAUGAACCCAUCCGCAUUAUAGCCCACUAUGAGAACUUGGGUCUUUCUGAAAAUGAAGAAGGUCGCCUCAGAAAUACUGUUAAUAUGGCCAUUACAAGAAUCUCAAAUCUUUUGUCAGUUAUCCAUGUCCAAGGUCCACUUCUCCUUAGUAGAGAGGCCUGCAAUAUCUUCUGGUCAGAUGGUCCCAAUGCUGGAAGGUGCCAAGAGCUAAAAGUUGGAUAUAGAGACAGUGGCGAAAAAUGUGGCCCAGAUGAUUUUGUUAUCCCUAGAGAACACCUGAGUGGGUUUAGUACUUAUGGUUACAAUGCAUCCCAACCAAACCAGCAACACUUCUCAGAUGGCCCUGGUCUCCUAGCUGCAGACUAUGUGGUUUACAUUCAGGCUCGCAGUACGGGCAGCUGUUCAAGAGAUAAUUUUGCUGUGAUGGCAUAUGCUUCUUAUUGUCGACAAGAUCAAAAUGGCCGCCCUGUGGCAGGAUAUGUUAACUUCUGCCCAACACACUUAAAUGAUGGUACAUUUGAGGAAAACAAAGCAGUGCUGACUAUGAUCCAUGAACUAUUCCAUGCUCUUGGCUUCUCCAAGAACCUGCUUGAUGAAUACCGGGAUUGUUCUCAUUCAGCCUCCGGCCUAAACUGUCCCAAAAGACACCGUGUUACGGGCUCAAUCUAUAGAGUAGAGAGAAUUAUCACACCUACACAUGUUACUGCUACUUCACAACAUUAUAACUGCACAACACAUCCUGUCAAUGAGUUUGGUGCACCUUUACAUUUGGUGAAUAGCAAUAUUGACUCUCACUGGGAUGCAAGGUUUCUACAAGGAUCUAUCAUGGCGCCAUCUAUAGGCUUGCCACAUUUAACAUUUAUAGAUAACAUGACAAUGUCACUGUUUGAGGAUAUGGGAUGGUACAAGGUUAACUAUCAGGAAGUAGAUGACUACCACUGGGGAAAAGAUGAAGGCUGUGACUUUGGUUUGCAACAAGCCUGCAAUGACGAGUCUGAGUUUUUCUGUACAGGAAAUGAUUUGGGCUGUCAUUAUCUGCACUUGGACAAAGCUCAAUGCAGCAAAGAUGAUUUCUUGGGAUCUUGCAGGAUAUUUAUUGCUCAACCUGGGGGUGCAUGUUUUCUUCCAUUUGGUGCUUCUGUGUCGCUUGGAUACGGUGAAGUUCAUAGUUCAAACAGCAGGUGCUUCCUGUCUAACCUCACUCUUUCAGGAACCAAUGGUGCUAUGGAUUACUCUGGCAGGUGCUAUGAACACAGGUGUGCAGGGAUUAACCAAGUGGAGGUCAGGGUUGGAAACUCCAGCUGGAUUCCUUGUCCUGGAGGAGACAUGGUUGAGAUUCCGGGUCUUUUGGGCUCUCUUCUGUGUCCUAUGGAAGGAGUGCUGUGUGCAACUCUUCCCUCAUCCCCUCGCCCUCGUGUUACCCCUCAAUCUUCAUCCUCAUCAUCAUCAUUACCACCAUCAUCAUCAACAUCGACUACCCCUUCCACAACCACAAUUAGAGUUACUGUUAAAGACCCAUCUUCUUCAGUCACUGCAGAACUGACGUUCAAUAUAAACUACACUGCUCUUGUUGCUGCUGGGAGGGUGGAUUCCUUCCAGAAGGCAGUGAUAAAAGAGGUGCUAAAAGCAAUCAAAAUUACCAGUGAUAGAAUAGAUAAUAUUUCUGUGAGAGAAGGCAGUGUUAUUGUGCAGUUUGAUAUCCUCCCUGCAACUUACGAAGACCAGGGCCCUUUGGUAAAGACUGCCUAUGCUCAAUUGGCCAAACUGGUAAAAGAAGAACAGUUCAAAGUCGAGUACUUAGGAGAAGAAAUAAAACCAUUAUCACUCAGGUCUACAAAUCUGAACACCGACAGUCCCUUUCGUCUGGGUGCAGCAGCAGUAGUUGGAAUAGUGAUAGCCUCUCUGAUAGUUUUCAGUCUCUUUGUGGUGAUAGUGGUCGCUAUCAACAAGUACAAAGUGCGCCAUAGACAGGUGUGUCCUAGCGCUGCCUCCUCAGGCUCUGGCCACGACCUUCAGAUGACCCAUCUGUCUCGCACAAACAGUGCCGCACUGAGUGCGCGAGGAGUGGUGAUAAGCACAAUAGGCUCUGGUUUCACGCAGCCAGAUGAUCUACCAGCUAUUUGAGAUUAUCCUUCUCUGAAGGAGCAAGAUGUUUGAAAAUAAUUUUGAUUUGAUCUAUAGGCUAUUGCUAGUUAGAAUAUAUUCUAAGGCUUAUAAAGAAACAAUGAGAAGCUGUCAUUUAAUAAAAAUGCCAGUGUAUAGAUUUGUCCAGUAUAAUGCUUAUAGAACAUCGCAAUAUCUUUUCCCACAGUAUUUUUUCAUUCCAACUGUAACUUGACAGUAUAAGUAUCCAAGUGCAGUGGAUGUGUUUUAUAAGAGGCAAUUAGAUGCAUUAUGAAUGUGAACACUUGUGCAAUUAUAAAGUAGUAUAGCUUGUUUUUGCUAGUCUAAGACCAUGGCCAGUGAUUGAGAAAUCUAUUUCCGGAUUGAUUAAUUGGAUAAGUAAUAAAUUACUAUUUAGAUGAUAGCAGAAUGUCUGUUAAAAACUUACACUUAAUAUUUCCUAAUAACUGUGAUAUUUUGCGUCCAAAGAGACAUGUUUUCUGUAGGUAUAGUAUUUUUAUAAGAGAUUAAUGAAAAUGAUGUUCAAUGUAACAUUUUGUAUUUAAGCUUAAUGUGCACCAAGUGCAUCACAUAGGCAUGGUACAGUUGCUCUGAGCAUUAGUUUUGAAAUUAUUUUAGUUACUAAAUGUGAUAUAAUGGCAUUGAUAUCAAAUAUGAUAUAAGCAUGAUUUUAUUUUUAACUGUCUCAUGUAUUUUCUUUCCUUUGUAGGGGGAAGGAGGCAGCGCAGGCUCUUUUUUUAGUAUUUCAGUUGCAUUCUUCAAAACUCGAGAAGGACCAGUGUAACUGGAGCCAAGAGUGCUCUCAAAAAUUGGCACUACCAGGCUAUGUUAGUUGUUGUUAUGUGUCAUAUGAGGAUUUGAGUCUUCUUUAAAAUUUUUUUCAAGUGAGUGAAAAAAAUAUACAUAUAGAUUGGCUGAAUUUUACAAAAUUUCUUUUCAAAAACUACUUUGAUUUAGGAUAUCUUGUUUGACAGGAGGUAAAGAAAGUAACAUAAAAGGCAUUUAGAUACUUAUAGAUUAAGUAAUUUUAAUUAGAAAAUCUGUAUUCAUUAUGAAGAAUGGCUAGUAUUUCUGGUAAUGAUAUAAUUGUCCAGAGGCAUUUAUAAGGCCAGUGGUACUACUUGUAUACACAAUAGUGCACCAUAGGAUUUAAGUGCUUAGUCAAAAAGAGAUUUAACUUUGCUUCAGUAACAGUUCACAAAUGUGGAUGAGCUGCAGAGUUUGAUUUAAAGGAAGUUAAUGCUCAAGAAAAGAAUGCCAUCUGCAUUUGGAUGCAUAUUCCCACCAGAAUUUGGUGUGUAUGUCUAGUAUUAUGCCAACAAUGGUCUAUAGGUAAUCAAAACUUUUUAACCUUGUUGAAUAUGUUAAACGUAUGAAGAAUAAAUAUACAAUUG